GCUUCUUCACUUCCAACACCAUGGGUUUCAAAGCCUGGGUCUUCUGUUUCUUUCCCUUUCCCUUCCUCCCUCCCUCCCUGCCUCCUCAAUCCUCAUAACUAUGAAACAACUUACUUGCCUAGCUUUCUAGCUAGCUAGGUCAUACAUACAUAUAUUACAUAGCAGAAACGUAAAGUAAGGAGGUAGAUCGAGGAAAUGGCAGGAAAUGAGUGGAUCAAUGGCUACUUGGAAGCGAUACUAGACGUGGGAAGCGGCACAAGGAAGAGGUAUGAUGGGCAGCUGAAGAUUGCCAAAUUCCCAGAGCAUAAAGUUCAGGUCAAAGAAGAGAAGGUGUUCAGUCCCACCAAGUACUUUGUGGAAGAAGUCAUCAACAGCUUUGACGAGUCUGACCUCCAUAGGACAUGGGUCAAGGUGAUAGCAACAAGGAAUACUCGUGAACGCAGUAACAGGCUUGAGAAUAUGUGCUGGCGCAUUUGGCAUCUUGCCCGCAAAAAGAAACAGAUAGCAUGGGAUGACGCACGAAGGCUAGCUAAACGACGACUGGAACGUGAGCAAGGUCGCAACGAUGCAGCCGAUGACUUGUCGGAGCUGUCCGAAGGCGAGAAGGAAAAAGGUGAUUCCAAUUAUACGGAAGCAAGCAAGGAUAUGUCCAGGAUCAACUCUGACACCCAGAUUUGGUUCGAUGAUGACAAGGCUAAACAUCUCUACAUUGUCCUCAUUAGUAUGCAUGGGCUAGUCCGCGGAGAAAACAUGGAACUCGGAAGGGAUUCUGAUACCGGUGGGCAGGUAAAAUACGUGGUGGAACUAGCUCGGGCUUUAGCCAACACAAAAGGGGUUCAUCGCGUGGAUCUACUCACAAGACAAAUCACCUCCCCCGAAGUAGAUUCAAGCUAUGGUGAGCCUACAGAGAUGUUGUCCUGCCCGUCUGAUGGUUCUGGAAGUUGUGGAGCCUACUUAAUCCGCAUUCCCUGUGGGCCCCGCAACAAGUACAUCCCCAAAGAGUCUCUCUGGCCUCACAUCCCUGAAUUUGUCGAUGGGGCUCUGAACCACAUCGUGACCAUGGCCAGGGCCUUGGGUGACCAACUCAACGGAGGGAAACCCACAUGGCCUUAUGUCAUCCAUGGUCAUUAUGCCGAUGCUGGGGAGGUGGCAGCCCGCUUGUCCGGGGCCUUGAACGUGCCCAUGGUUCUAACAGGCCACUCCCUCGGCCGGAACAAGUUUGAGCAACUGCUUAAACAAGGGAGACUGUCUAGGGAAGACAUCAAUGCCACCUACAAGAUAAUGAGGAGGAUUGAGGGUGAAGAGAUGGGGUUGGAUGCAGCUGAGAUGGUGGUCACUAGCACAAGGCAAGAGAUUGAAGAGCAAUGGGGAUUGUAUGAUGGCUUCGAUCCUAAGUUAGAGAGGAAGCUUAGAGUAAGGAGACGGCGUGGAGUGAGUUGCCUUGGACGAUACAUGCCAAGGAUGGUGGUCAUUCCUCCAGGCAUGGACUUCAGCUACGUCACAACACAGGAUUCCUUGGAAAAUGAUGGUGACCUCAAGUCAUUGCUUGGACCCGACAGGGCUCAAAACAAAAGGCAUCUACCUCCAAUAUGGUCUGAGAUAAUGCGCUUUUUCACAAAUCCGCACAAGCCCACAAUCCUUGCAUUGUCUCGUCCCGACCCCAAGAAGAAUGUUACUACAUUACUCAAGGCUUUUGGAGAGUGCCAGGCCCUCAGAGAAUUGGCCAACCUGACAUUGAUACUUGGUAACAGAGAUGAUAUUGAGGAGAUGUCCAACAGCAGCUCAGUUGUGCUUACAACUGUACUCAAGCUCAUCGAUAAAUACGACCUAUAUGGUCAAGUAGCCUAUCCCAAGCAUCACAAGCAAUCAGAAGUUCCUGAAAUUUAUCGCUUAGCUGCCAAGACCAAGGGAGUUUUCAUCAAUCCGGCUCUAGUGGAACCAUUCGGUCUUACACUCGUUGAGGCAGCUGCUUAUGGUCUACCUGUUGUUGCCACAAAAAAUGGUGGACCAGUGGACAUCUUAAAGGUACUUCACAAUGGCCUCCUAGUAGACCCACAUGAUCAGAAAGCCAUAGCAGAUGCCCUCCUAAAGCUUGUUGCUGACAAGAACCUAUGGGCUGAGUGUCGGAAAAAUGGCCUGAGGAACAUACACCGUUUUUCAUGGCCAGAACACUGCCGUAACUACCUCUCACAUGUUGAACAUUGCAGGAAUCGCCACCCCACUAGCCGUCUUGAGAUCAUUACAAUUCCUGAAGAACCAAUGAGUGACUCUUUAAGGGAUGUGGAGGACAUAUCUCUUAGAUUUUCCAUAGAGGGAGAUAUCAAACUCAAUGGAGAGAUUGAUGCGGCAACCAGACAGAAGAAACUCAUUGAAGCCAUUUCUCAAUUGGCUUCUUCAAAUAGCAAUACUGGCAUUACUUACAGUCCUGGUAGAAGACAGAUGCUUUUUGUGAUAGCAGCAGAUUGCUAUGAUAACAAAGGAGGAAUUACAGAGACCUUUCAAGCAAUAAUCAAGAAUGUGAUGAAAGCUGCAGGCUUAAGUAUUGGCUUAGGAAAGGUAGGCUUUGUAUUGGUGACUGGGUCAAGUUUAAGGGAGACUAUGCAAGCAUUGAGUUCGUGCCUAGUAAAUAUUGAAGAUUUUGAUGCAUUGGUCUGUAAUAGUGGAAGUGAAUUGUAUUAUCCAUGGAGGGAUAUGGUAGCAGAUACAGACUAUGAAGCUCACAUUGAGUACAGAUGGCCAGGUGAAAAUGUGAGGUCAAUGGCAAUGAGGCUUGCUAGGACGGAAGAUGGGGACAAGGAUGACAUCACAGAGUAUGUAGAAGCAUGCAGUUCCAGAUGCUACUCUUAUAGCAUUAAGCCUAGUGCCAAGACUCAAAGAAUAGAUGACCUUCGCCAAAGGCUUCGGAUGAGAGGCUUCCGAUGCAAUAUUGUCUACACACGUGCAGCAUCAAAGUUAAAUGUGGUGCCAUUAUUUGCAUCAAGAAUGCAAGCACUAAGGUAUCUUUCAAUAAGGUGGGGAAUUGAUCUUUCCAAAGUGGUCUUAUUUGUGGGGGAGCGAGGGGAUACAGACCAUGAAGACCUGCUAGGUGGCCUUCACAAGACCUUAGUUUUGAAAGGUUCUGUGCCAUAUGGCAGUGAGAAGCUCCUUCGUAGUGAAGACAAUUUUAAAAGAGAAGAUGCAGUCCCCCAGGACAACUCUAACAUCAACUCUAUAGAGAACUAUGAAGCCCACAAUAUAGCAGGAGCUCUGGAUGCCCUUGAGAUCAAAUGAUACUCUCUCUCUCGUUUUUAUGCAUCUUAGAUCAUAUACUUAUAUAGGUAACCCAGUAAAAAGAAUGUAAUUACUACAUAUCAAAGCAUAUCAAUCUCAACCAGCAAGAUAUUUUCAAAUUGUAAGAAUAAUUUAAAUGUGAAUAUGUAAGAAAUUGCAAGAGGAAAUGCGUUUUUAUUUGACUCUAUUGCAAGAGGAAAUGAGUUUUUAUUUGACUCUUAAAUGUUAUAGAAAUGACAUGAACGAUUGAGAUGUUAACCA